AUGGGAAUUAAUGGUCUGUUGCCUUUUGUCAAAAAAUACAGCAAAGAAUGUAACUUGCGGAUAUUUUCUGGUCAAACUGCAGCAAUAGACGCUUCUUGUUGGAUACACAAGGCGUUAUGUGUAUCUAUUGACAGAACUGGAAGUCGCGAAAGGUAAGCAAUUUCUUGGGAAAUUUUGUUGAACUGAUAUAAAUUCACAUAUUAUAUAAACAUAAUUGUAUGAAAAAUAUUUACAUAUGGUACGUUUAGCCUAAGACAUUAUAACGAAUCGACGUUUGUUUAUAUUUGUACUGAUAUUUAUAGACUUGGUGGUAUAUUUGAAGCACAUUUACGGAUAGUAAAAAAAUCCGGGCUUAUACCAUUUGUUGUCUUCGAUGGAUUUGCCCUGCCUGAAAAAGCUAGCGAACACGAAGGACAGCAAAUGUGAGUAGAUAUUAUAAGAAGGUCAAUGUUGUUAUUGUUUAUAUUGUUGGUAUUGUUUUGUCCAAUAUUCCCAGUCUGUUGAAACCCAAAUUUGUCGUGUUUUGUUUCUUAAGUUUUAUUUUUUGUUUGCAGUGCACGUGAAAAGAUUUUAAAACAGGCUGAAAAACCAGACAUAUCAAAAUCUGAAGCAAAUAAGCUACAGAGCCGAGCUGCAUCGAUGACCUUCGAAGAUAUUGUCGUUUGCAUAAAUGUAUGUAAUUACAUUCAGUAGACAAACUUGUCCAUAUAAAACAAUGAUAUUAAUUUGUGGGCCAAAUAAAUUAUGGCAGUGAUAUUGCAAUGUAUUUAUAAACUAUUAACGCGUUGUUUAUUUAUUUUCUUUGAAAGAUUUGUUUGGCACACAAUGUGAAGUAUGUUGUUUCACCUUAUGAAACUGAUGCACAAAUUGCUCACAUGCUUUUAAAUGGCCAUGCAGAUUUUGGGAUUACAGAGGAUUCAGACCUGUUGGUUUAUGGAUGUAAGAAGGUUUGUAAGAAGGAACCUGGGGAAUUAUACUUUUUAACUCAAUCAAGUAAAAGUUGCAUAAUUAUUAAGGAACAACUGACAAGGUAGCCUCCAUAAUGCAGGUAUUGUAUUAAGAUUGACAAAAACUUGGUUUAUUGGAUGACUGCGAACAGCAUUGGACUGAGAGGCACAUUCUCCACACAGUUAGUCAUUUAAAUUCCUGACACCCCACCUCUGGCAUACCCAGGGCAAUCACCUCCUAUUCACUAGUUUUCCCCCUUUAUGCCUAGGGGGGGGGACCUGGGGGUUUUUAUGACUGAUGCAUAAGUUUGUAAGAAGUUAGAAAACUAAUUUAUUUACUUGUCUACUUGUCUGCUUAUUAGGUGAUGGUUAAACUCAACCUAAGUGGAGAUGGUGAAUAUUUCCAACUUGCAGAGAUAUUGGGUGGUUUAAAUCUAAGCCAAAAACAGUUUCAGCAAAUGUGUAUAGCCGCUGGUUGCGAUUACCUUACAAAUGUGAAAGGUGUUGGCAUACACACAGCAUUUCGUUUUGUAAAACAUUCAACUAAGGAUUUGUUGGAACUAUUAGUAAAGAAAGGAGGAUCAGAGUACAAAAAUUGUUUCAGCAAGGUAGAGACAGUUUUCAAACACCAAACAGUAUUUGACUUGAAUACCAACUCAACUGUUCCCCUGGAGAAAUGUGAGGUUGAUCUUUCUGAAGAUGUCCAGUAUCUCUGUGGGAAGUAUCCUUAUGCUAUAUAUAUUAAAUGGUUGUCUAUAAUAGACUGAUUAUUUGAAGAAUUUGCAAUACAAAAUAUUUUUCUUAACUUACUAAGUAAACUGGCAGAUGGCUAUGCGAAUGACAUGGCUGUUGGCAACAUCAAUACGAAAAGUGGGGAAAAGGUUAAUGGCUAUUCUAAUUUAGUCAAGGUAAUAUAUUGGACUAGUCCUUCUAUUAUACCAAAUUUUCUCAGUACCUUUAGUCCAUUUGUUCUAAUGCACCCACUUCAACUGACAAUUAAUUACUGCAUCAUAUAGUAGUAUAUCAGGCCUGGUGUCAUAUAACAUGUUGUAAUUAUUUGUAGGACCAAGCAACUGGUGAACAAAGUGGUCAUGAGAAUUCUGAAUUGAUCGCAUGCACACAAUUGGUAAGUUGAAGCUGUGAAGUGGUUUUUGUUGUCUGAAGUGUUUUACACACUCAAUGUUUUACACAUUUUAUAAUCUGGAAUUGUUAGAAUGUUUCAUGGAAUUAAAACUGACACAAAAAAAUUUAUGCGACAUUGUAUUUUUUGUGUAAUAAACACAUUAACCCAUUAAGCGCCAGCGCUCUCCCCUUGACGAGUAAAAUCGUCUGGCGUUAGACAGAGUAAAAUACUAAAGUAGGGUGCAUCAGGGUGCAUCGCCACUCAAUGGGUUAAAAAAGUCUUACUGUGGCUUAUACAUUGAACACAAAAUAUAUGUGACAAGAUUGUUGUUGUAUUUGCUAAUUUAUUUAUUCAUGAAUUUUGAAUAAUAAAACAGAACACAACAAAUACAACUGAAUCACUCUGUUCUUCUCAUAUUUAAGGUUAUAUUAAUUGUCAAGAAUUUUUAUGUGAGAUCAUUCAUGUUGAUCAAUUGUCUUCUGUUUCGUGGCAAAUCCCCCAAUUCCCAGUGAUGAUCUUGGAAUUUGCCUUUGUCCGAUUCAAGAAAGGUACAGAGGUACUUAAAGGUGUAAUCCUAAAAGACGAGUUGGCGAACAUUCAACCAGGAAUAUUCACUUGUACUUCUCACUGUGAAAUAGUUAUUAAUUGCGAGAAGUAUACAGUGUUGUGGAAGCUAGUUCCAGAGAAAGCCACCUCUAGAAGAUCUGUGAGCAGUGGAAGUGACCCUUCAGUGUCCAACACUCUACCUGAUGACUACAGGUUGGAAGAUAGUGAAGAUUUGGUGCAGCCAAUUGAGAACAUAGAUCAUUGUUUGCCAUUUAAGGUUCUGGGAACUUAUCAUACGGUAGAUAGACAAAACGUCCUUGAGAGAGCCUUCACCUACCUCGAAGAACAUAACAGACAUGUAUUUGCAAAGAUUGAAGCUGAGCCAGACAACCCUUACGACAAGAAUGCUGUUAUGUCUUCAUCAGAUUACGAAAAAGUAGGCUACAUAGCAAAAGAACUCACACAAUAUGUUCACCCAGUCCUGUACGACAAAUCACUUGAUGUAUCUGUGAAAAAGAUUCGUUUUUGUACCACAUAUUGCAUGGUAGGAUACUACUUGACAAUUAACAUCAGCAAGAAAGGUUUAUGGGAUAAACAAGUCAUCAGUGCCAGCAAAAGAGUCAAUUAG